AAUGGCCACUUUGCUGAAAGUGCUAUCAAAACAAAGCUGCAAUCAAAGGCAAAUUUUACUGGGAAAUCUCCGGAAUUUCGGUUCAUUCCAUCCGGCCGUCGGUUCUACCGGUUGCAAGCUAUCCGAGUCGAACUACUACAGCCGAACGAAACCUUCCGGCUCCGGAAACAAAAAUGAUUCAUCCCGAACCAAACCUAUGCUGGGAAUUCCAGACUGGCGAUCAUUUUCCUUGUCGCGUGUUACCCCAGCAGCUGCCAACUCACGAACUGCGGAGAAGUCCACCUCUACGCCGGGAAGCGUUCUUGGAGAUAUUUUCAAAAAGCGGAAGCUGAAAGUCCAUAAAACCUCGAACUUUUUCAAAGGUCUUCCAAACGAUAGUACUUUUACGAUUGCAAUAGCACCCAUAUCGACAAUCCAGUCCGGUGGUUCUCUGUCGGGCGGCGGACUCUCGAACAAUUCACUUCACAACAACCGCCAACAACAGCAACAGAAAUUGUUUCCCCAACGCGUUCAAGAUAUCUCCUUCUCAAGUCGAAUUAAACCGAAACCGAAGAAUCUCGAAGAAGUUUGUCCCGGUUCACCCCAGAAGCAAUCAAUACGACAUUGUUUUCAUUUAGGACACCAUCCGGCAUCCGGGGAACAUAUCGGGACCUACGAUGGACCGGAGAUUACCGCGACCGACAUGAUCAAAGCGAUGGCUGCCUACAUCUGGCCGAAGGACGAUGCACUCGUUCGUAAGAGGGUAUUGAUCUCCCUAGGUCUACUCGGUGGUGCCAAGGUGCUGAAUGUGUGCGUCCCUUUUCUGUUCAAGAUGGGUGUCGAUAACCUGGCCAUCCUAAACAUGGAUUCGGUGCCCGAAGCAGCUGCUUCGAUGACCAUCGCUGUGCUUUUGGGGUACGGUAUAGCUCGAGCAGGUGCUGCCGGUUUCAACGAGCUACGGAACGCGGUUUUUGCCCGGGUGGCGCAACAUUCGAUCCGCAAGAUAGCUACCAAUGUGUUUCUGCAUCUGCACAAUUUGGAUUUGCAGUUUCAUUUGAGCAAGCAAACGGGAGCGUUGUCAAAGACCAUUGAUCGAGGAUCGCGGGGUAUAAAUUUCGUACUGACUGCCAUGGUGUUCAACAUCGUUCCAACAAUUUUCGAGCUAGCGCUGGUGUCAAGCAUUUUGGGAAUGAAGUGUGGUUUGGCGUAUGCUGGUGUAUCGAUGGGAUGUGUGGGAGUGUACAGCGCAUAUACCCUUGCUGUGACGCAGUGGCGUACCAAGUUCCGUGUGUAUAUGAAUCAGGCCGAAAACGAAGCCGGUAACAAGGCGGUUGAUUCGUUGAUUAACUUCGAAACGGUUAAAUAUUUUAACAACGAAAAAUAUGAGGCCCAAAGAUACGAUGAAGUUCUCAAGAAAUAUGAGGCUGCCAGUUUGAAAACUAGCACAAGUUUAGCGCUUCUAAAUUUCGGUCAGAAUGCGAUCUUCAGUGUUGCACUAAGCGCUAUUAUGGUGAUGGCUGCCAAUGAAAUAGCACGUGGGAACAUGACUGUCGGCGAUUUAGUUAUGGUCAACGGUUUGCUGUUUCAACUAUCAAUCCCGUUGGGAUUUCUUGGAAGUGUUUAUCGGGAGGUACGUCAAGCUUUGCUAGACAUGCGUACUAUGUUCACGCUGAUGGGUGUCGAAAGUGCCAUUCAGACCAAAGACAAUGCCCUACCGCUGAAUAUCAGCCGUGAGACAGCAUCGAUUGAAUUCAGAAACGUUUGUUUCCAGUAUAAAAACAGUAAUCGUAUUUUCGACAACCUGAGCUUCACGAUACCAGCUGGGAAGAAAAUUGCCAUCGUUGGUGGUUCCGGGUCUGGAAAAUCGUCCAUGGUACGAUUGUUGUACCGAUUUUUUGAACCAACCUCCGGUGAAAUUCUAAUAAACGGACAAAACAUACGGGAAGUAGACCUGGACAGUUUGAGGAAGGCGAUCGCUAUAGUUCCUCAGGAUUCGGUACUGUUCCACGACACUAUCCGACACAACAUCAACUACGGAGAUUUAUCUAAACAACAACCGGAAGUAGAAGAGGCCGCUCGUAUGGCUGACCUGCAUGAAUCUAUCCAAAGCUGGCCCCGUCAAUACGACACCCAGGUUGGCGAGCGAGGUCUCAAACUCUCUGGCGGUGAAAAACAACGAGUAGCAAUCGCUCGAGCCAUACUGAAAAACUCACCCAUCCUGAUCUUUGAUGAAGCCACCAGCAGUCUGGAUUCCAUCACAGAGCACAACAUCCUCCAAGCUCUAUCGCGAGCCACCGAACACCGGACCAGCAUUUGUAUUGCCCACCGGCUAUCGACAGUCUUGGACGCCGACGAGAUUCUGGUGCUGGAGAAUGGACGCAUCGGCCAGCGUGGAACCCACGAGGAGCUGCUACAGGGCGGCGGCCUUUACGCCAAAUUAUGGGACACCCAAAAUCGACUCUACAGCGCGGGUAAUGCCAACAACAACAAGAAGGGAAAACCGAGUGUGGGCGCUUAAUUUUUUUCUAGUGUAAAUUUCAGCUGUUGAUGUUAAAUUGUCUGUUGAAUGGUGUAUAGGUUAAAAAUUGUUAAUGUAUUAUUAUCAUUUAGACGGCAAUUUUGUUUAUCUUCUAAUGUACAUACGACGAAAGCAAAUAAACGAUGAAAACUAA